UUCGUAAAGAUGAAAUGAGAUUGGCGAAAAAUGAUCGAUCGGGCUUCUAUCAUGCUGCCCAAUAUGAGUAUCCCUGAGUCUGCUGACAACUGCUCAUUAUUUCGAGCGAUGAUACAUACGUGUGCGUCUUGAUGCGAUGAUACGUGCGUGUGUAUGCCUUGGUGCGUGUGCGUAUGUCAAGAUCGUACAGACCACGAAUCACAUCUUAAAGCGAGAUCAGUGUCUCGUGAAAACCCGAGGAAAUCGCGCGCACGAAAAGAAACGGUUGAGUACUAUUUUUCGGUGUAAUUUCGAUGCAAAGUUCGUGUGUACCGACAGUUUCAGUGUAACGCAUAUAUAAUUACAAGAAAUGGUGCUCUACAUUUGGAUAUUUUACAUCUGCACGAUUGGCUCUUAUGCUGCGACGAACAACGUGAGCAGCUUUCAAAAUCACCCAAUAAAAAUCAUGGAGAACGAAACGACAUUGCUGCCGUGUAACGUGGAGAAUCAGGACGCGGAAAAGCCCAGGGUGAAGUGGUGGCGAGAGGGGAACCUGCUGGUCGACAGCUACGACCAGAAGCUAUCGAACGAUAAGGUCACCCUGUAUGGCAACGGUAGCCUGCAGAUCCGCAACGUGCAACAGGAAGACAGUGGCCAGUAUGUGUGUCAGACGAUCCGGCCGAUUCCCUGGGGAUACGUUACGCAAGUACACGAGAUCGAAGUGAUGUAUCCAUCGAGUGUGAAGACAGUGCCAGAGUCCGGCCAGUUGGAAGUCAAUUUCGGCGAGACGGUGGACAUGCAAUGCGUGGCGGAGGGAGUACCGAGCCCCGUCAUAACUUGGAUGACCAAGGACGAAGUGAUCCCGUUGUUGGACGCCAGACCGCAAUUGAGAUUUCACGCUGACAAUCGGAAUCUUUCCGGCAAAUACACUUGCAUUGCCGAUAACAAAAUCGGCGAUCCCGCCAUGGCGCACAUAGAUCUGCGUAUUAGAUACAAACCGGAGAUCUACGCGGAGAAGCAAUGGGUACACGCAUAUCCGGGAAUACGAGUACAGCUAACUUGCAGAGUGAUCGCUUGGCCUGAGGCUAAGGUUGAAUGGUACCUGAAGAACAAAACAUUGACAUACACGUCGCGAAUAGUGAAGCACAACGUCGGAAGCGAUCACAAUCUCUUGAUAAGAGUAGUGCAAUCGAGCGAUUACGGUUCCUACCGCUGCAAAGCAUCGAAUUCCUUAGGAACUACGGAGAAGAACAUAGAGCUGUCGGGAAUCGCGAAUCCGGCGGUAUUCAAGAAGGCCGGUCUUCGAGAAGAAGACGGCACGUCCAGAACGUCGUACAAUUUUAUCUGGCAAGUCGACAGUUACAGUCCCGUCAUCGAAUAUCAGUUCUGGUUUCGUAAAUACAAGAGAGGUAAUGGCGGCGAAUGGCGCAAAUUAUUUAUACCCGGUAACAACGACAACUGGUAUAUACCCGGCAUCAGCUCGGUGCACGUUCGCUCCUUUAAUCUGACGGGCCUGGACGCGGCGACCCAUUACGAGGCGGUCGUUUUGUCCAGAAAUCAUUACGGAUGGAGCCAUCCCUCGGAGAUAGUGCGCUUCCACACUGAAGGAGCCCUUGUCGAUUCCAGCGAAAAUUUUGAGACAAAUGACGGUCAAGAGCAGGACAAAUUGCCAGUAAUAUCCAUGACGAAGCCCCAUCUCUUGAAAGCGGAUGCAAAUCGGUCAAUGUAUAAUCAAGCGAGAGCCUUAUUGUUGAUAUUAAAUACGUUAUGUACCUUAAUUAUAACAUUCAACAAUAGAUUUUAAGAUUAUGUAAAGUGCGAAAAAAUGUAAAAUGAACCAUAUUAAUUUAUGCCUAAAGGUACGGACUGUCAUUGAACGUGUCGUCCUUAUCAGUCGCAUCAUUCGUUCAGUAAAUUCCAUUCUUGAAGACGACGCAACCCAAAAAAAAUUUGAUACAAAUUUUUUAUAUAAACGUUUUGUGAUUUUAUCUAAAAAAUUAGUCGCGCAAUUAUAGACAAUUUAUGUAAUUUACGAUAAACAAAAUGGACACCAACAAGACUUGAAAUAUAUCUGUGAACUGAAUUCGUUGAUAAGCUCUUUUACUGCACAGUUUAGAAGAAAAUUCUUUACCAUUUAAAGAACCAGUACCGUCAGUUGAAUCCAGUUGGCGCGACUUUGCUUUGCGCAGAAUCUCAUUCCGGUAAACCGCAGUGACCUCCAUGACAAGAUUGAAGUCUGCAUUAUCAAUUAAUAUUUUUUUACAUAUUUUAUUUGUCUCACCACACCUUUUGUAUCUUCUAAUUUUGUGCGAAAUACUUGAUGAAAAACAUGCGAAUGUGGGGAAUAUAAUGGAUAUCGCCGAAUCAUAAUAAAAUGAAUUUAAUUUAAACGUCGUACAGCCUGUGAGAAAAAAAAUGUAAUAAUUCCGUUCUUUUACUGCUUGACUGGUUGUAAAUUGUCUUGUAUUCUUGUACAAUUAUCUUAUAUAAUAAUAGUAUAAUAUUAAUAUUAUAUCAGAUAGAUUCACAUAAUGUCCGCGAUUAUGAAAAAGAGUGCUUAUCUCCCGCUGUUUAUUCUUUUUUUCUCAUUCUUGUUCACUUUUGCUAAUAAUGCUUCCACUCCCCUGAUGACUAACAUAUGUAGCAUAAAAUACUUGAUAAACGGUCUCGUUUAAAAGUGAAAAAUGUGUAAAAACGUGAAC